UUGAAGCAGCGUGGCGCAGUGGAAGCGUGCUGGGCCCAUAACCCAGAGGUCGGUGGAUCGAAACCACUCGCUGCUAAUCUUCUAACGGUUAGGAUUUCAAUCGUGACACUCCAUUCCACUUCGAAAGAGCCUGGCGCAGUGGAAGCGUGCUGGGCCCAUAACCCAGAGGUCGGUGGAUCGAAACCACUCGCUGCUAAUAUUUUUAUCACGGCUUAUAAAGAAGAUGGUUUCCUUGACACGAUAUUAAAGCAGUUCCGUUUUUUGAGUUCGCAGCGUUCCGACUUCUGCAUAACCACCGCUGGUUUAUCAUGCAUAGCAUUUUGA